AUGGCGAAUGAGAAGAAGCCCCGCGUGGCGGUUCUGGGAAAGGUGCAUCAUCUCAGCGAUGAGUACAUUGAAAAUGUAAAAAAUGAAUUGAAUCUCCAUUUUCUUCAAGCCUCUCAUCGGCAAGAACUCAUCGAGGAGCUCCCUCGCGUCAUCUCCCAGUCCGGUCCAUUCGAUGCAUUAAUCUGCCUGUCUGAAUCGCACAACUUCAUACCCGUGGACGAAGAGCUGCUGUCGGCCAUGGUGCCUCACUGCCGCGUGAUAGCUUCCCUGUGGGCGGGAUACAACGAGUUUGACGUUUCGUGGAUGACGAGCCAGGGCAUAUGGUUCUGCAACACCGUUGAUGCGGUGGCUGAGGCUACGGCCGACAUGACGAUUUGGUUUAUUCUGUCUGUUGUGAGGAAUACUUCUGUGGCGGAGAGGCAUGUUCGGGCGGGUGGGUGGUAUGGAGGCAAUAUGGCGACCCCAGAUCCUACGGGGAAGACGCUGGGUAUCGUGGGGAUGGGGAGCAUCGGCAAGUAUCUGGCCAAGAAGGCAAGAGUUUUCAACAUGAAGAUUAAGUAUUACAACCGGAAGAGGCUCAGCAAGGAGGUUGAGGAGGCAUAUCAGGUUGAAUACUGCUCUUCGCUGGAGGAGCUACUAUCACAGGCAGAUGUGGUAUCGAUACACUGCCCCCUCACAGAAGCAACAAGGAAUCUCAUGUCGCACGACCAGUUCAAGCUCAUGAAGGACGGCGCCUUUCUUAUUAACACGGCACGAGGCCCCGUGGUGGAUGAAGAAGCGCUGAUUGCGGCGCUGGAGAGCGGCAAAGUGGCGAGGGCGGGACUGGACGUUUUCAGCGAUGAGCCGAAUGUACAUGAGUACUUUAGGACGAGCGAUAAGGUGGUGUUGCAGCCGCAUAUGGGGGGCGCGACGGAGGAGGCGCUUUGGAGGGCUGAGAGGGAGAGUUUUGAGAAUGUGUUGAGGUGGAGGAGGGAGGGGAAGCCGGUGUCACCGGUGAAUGAGGUUUAG